AUGCGCAAGGCGAGGCCGCCGCAGCCCCAGCCGCAGCCGUCGCAGCAGUCGCCGGAGAUCCGGUACCGCGGCGUGCGGAAGCGCCCCUCGGGCCGCUACGCCGCCGAGAUCCGGGACCCCGCCAAGAAGACGCCGAUCUGGCUCGGCACCUUCGACUGCGCCGAGGACGCCGCCCGCGCCUACGACUCCGCCGCCCGAUCCCUCCGCGGGCCCACCGCCCGCACCAACUUCCCGCCCUCCUCCGCCACGCAGCCGCCGGCGAGGCCCCCUCCCCCCGCGGCCGCGGCCGCGGCCGCGGCCGCCACGUCCAGCCAGAGCAGCACCGUCGAGUCCUGGAGCGGCGGCGGGCCCCGCGCCCCCGCCAGGGCCCGCAGCGCCGCCCGAGCGGGCACGGCCAAGGAGGGGGAGGAGGACUGCCGCAGCUACUGCGGCUCCUCGUCCUCCGUCCUCCUCGAGGAGGGCGCGGACGACGCGGCCGCCUCCCGCUCCCCGCUGCCCUUCGAUCUGAACAUGCCGCCCCCGCAGGAGGGGGCGCUUGACGCCGAGGCCGAUCAGAUGACCUGCCGGUACGACACGCUGCUCCGCCUCUAG